AAGUAAUAUUCUUAUUUUCAAUCUAUUUAGUUUAAAUUUCAGAACUAUAAUAAUAUAUUUCCAAUAGGCAUUCCGCUCUUUAGUAGAACCUGCGACAUCAUAUUCAUGAAGACGUUUGGAGAAUUGGAAGGGAAAUACAUAGAGUACGGAUCAAACCUACUUGGAAAAAAGAUAGUCCCCACGGGUCCUCUGGCUCAAGAACACGGAGACUCGGAAGAUAACAGCGAGAUCAUGGAGUGGCUUAACAAGAAAGAGGCAUCUUCAACAGUUUUCGUAUCAUUUGGAACAGAGUCCUUUUUGUCUAGAGAAGAAAUAGAGGAAGUAGCAAAAGGGUUGGAGCUAAGUAUGGUGAAUUUCAUUUGGGUGCUUAGAUUUUCCUUUGAGGAGGAGGAGAAGAUUUCAAUUGAAGAAGCACUGCCCAAUGGCUUUCUUGAGAGGGUGGGAGAUAGAGGUCUUGUAGUUGAGAAAUGGGCUCCGCAAGCUAGAAUCUUGAUGCACCCAAAUGUUGGAGGAUUUGUAAGCCAUUGUGGGUGGGGUUCUAUAAUGGAGGCCAUGACAUUUGGAAUUCCAAUUGUGGCUAUACCCAUGAACUUAGACCAACCAGUGAAUGCGAGGUUAGUGGAGGAGAUCGGUGUGGGGUUGGAAAUAAAUAGAGAUGAGAAUGGAGGGUUGAGCGGGGAAGAGAUUGCAGAGUUUAUAAGGGAAGUCAUAGUUGGUGAUGAAGAUGGGAAGAAGAUUAGGGACAAUACAAGAGAAAUGAAACACAAAAUCAAAAGUAAAGGAGAAGAAGAUAUGGAUUGUGUUGUGGAAGACUUGUACAAGCUUCACAAGAAGAAUAUUCAUGAAAAAAACAUGGAUUAA